ACUUGAGUCUUUUUUUGUUGCCCAGCAACUAGGGCAUUUAACGCAUGCGCAUUGUUUCUUUGUUGUUUUUUUUUUAAGCCCGCGCGUCCGGAAGAGAGCUUAGAACAAAACAAAUGGUUCAGACUUAAAAAAUAAAGUCUGGAUAAUGCUGGAAGGCGUAGUAAUAAACAGUCGACAACAUGUUGGACUCCAGAAACUCUCAGCACUUUCAGGAAGGAUACAGUCCUCCGUUGGUCCGUUUAAAAACUACAAGUUCAUCCAAGAUGAAUCGAGUGGGGACUCAGUUCUGGUGUGCUCAUGCUUUCGUAUCAUUGAGAACCUGGAACCUGCAUGCACGGUGGGUCAGCUGGUUUAUGAGACUGUUCGAGCCCAUCAUCAGCAGUACCGCACAGGGUCUGGAUGCUUGCUGUUUCUUGCAGGAGCUUGGAGCCAUGCUGCAUUGGACAGCCUCCAGAGAGGCAUUUCAGUUCAGCACAUAAUCACAGCUAUGUCUGAGGGGAUUGAUAUUUGCUUGGAUGCUUGCAAGAAAUUUUCAGUUUCAUUCAAGGACCUCACUGUAAUGGAGAAAUGCACUGCUGCACCUGGAGGUACAAAGAAAGCUUCUACCAACGUAUCUACAGAGAUGGCAAACUUUCAUGACAAGUGUCUAAGCAAGAGUGGACAAAGAAAGGUUAAGCUCAGCCGACAUUUUUGUGAGACCAAGUCGGGAAUGCUCUCCACAGUUCGGCAUCCUGAUCAGCCUGAUAUGAUAGUCAUUGCUGAGUCUUUGAGCCAUGGUUGUGAAAAGACUAUGAAAUUGGCAGUUGAAGCUGCUCAGAUGCUGUUAAAGACAAACCAACAACAUAUCAGUGAUCCCUUGUUUGACAUUUCAAAAAUGUUAACCUGUCUUGUUUCUGGUUUACCAGAGGACUGCGCAUGUGUUGUUGAAGGCUGCAUUCUUCUUUUAUCUGACGAGCAGGCUGUAGUUGCUCAUAUGGUAAAACAACAACCCCUGAAAGUUGCUCUUAUUACUGGAGAUCUGUCUCAGACCUACCGCCAUCUGGGCUUCAAAAGCCUACCAGGUGAACAAAGUGUGCAUGAGGACUUGGAUUUGUCAGCUUCAAGCAAAGAGGAUGAAUGGGUGGAUAAGGUUGUGAAACUACUCUUGAACCUGGAAGUGAAACUGAUACUAACUGCUGGCCUUGUCAGCCAGAAGGUCAUCCAGCACUGUUGUAGGCAUCAGAUUCUCGUGGUGGAAAAGGUCAACUCUUCUGUUUUGAAGACUAUUGGCAGCUCAACUGGAGCUAUUCCAGUAAACUAUGCCACGCAGUUAACGGAGUCUUGUGUCGGUGAUGGUGUUAAUGUUGAGAUCUGGAGGGACCUCAGCAGCUAUGAGAGGAAAUCUUUAACAGCUGUGAACAUUUCCACUGGGAGGAAUAGUGGGCUGGUCACAGUGGUUGUAACAAGUUGCGUACAUGGCAAGCUGCAAGCUCUGGAGGACCAAUUCUGGGCCUGUGCGUACCGUUUACACCAUGCACUGAAAGAUGGAGCCCUGUUGCCUGGUGCUGGAGGAACCGAGGUACUUUGUGUUCAUCAGCUACAAAAGCAAGCAGAACACAACAGAGUGAAAGACAGCAAAACUGGGUCAGCAGCUAACCUCUACAGAGGUCUCGUGCUACAACUCAUGGCAGAUGGUUUAAUAGAUUACAUAACGGCUGUAAUGGUUAACACCGGAAGGUGCUCAGCAGCCAGUGCUAGGACUAUUGUCAGCAAGCAACUGACGGAAUUUCACAGAGAUGAAAUAAGCACAGGGAAGUUUUUGCAACUUGUUUCGCAGAGCAAAAGAGAGGAUGCAGGUUUCUCAGCAGUGAAACCAGAUGAAACACCGACUUUGAACAUCUAUGAUAACUUGAGUGUGAAGCAGGAAGCUUGGAGGAAAGCUUUAGACCUAGUUUUUCUAGUUCUACAGACUGAUGCAGAAAUCAUCACAGGAACUGGCCAAAAAAAUGAGGGGAAUCUGAUGCUGCUUUGAUUGUUCCAAAAACAAAAUAAUUUAUGUAUUUAUUUAUUGGUUUUCCAACUUUUGCAAUUUGCCGUAAAGUUAUUUUUUUGUUAAAGUCAUGUUAUAUGAGUUUUCUUGUCAUCAAUAACGCAGAUAAUAUAGAGAGUGUUCUAUCUAUUCUCUACCACUAGGGAGAGACAUAAUCUUCAAAAAUAAACUUUUUGAAAACA